AGAAACACCCUGUGCCUGGCCCGGAGUGAUUACAAAAUUUCUGGACGGUGCGGUGUGCUCCGAGCAAAACAAUGAAUUCCUUGUGGAAUCGAAUUGCUUCUAGCUGGACGAGUAGUCCCUUUUUAGUGCCGGUGCGAAAUGCGUCGAAGAAAACCGGUGGAAGCUCACGGAACCCUCCCAAGAACCCUCGACCGAAACAUCGGGGAUGGAAAGUGCAAGAUGGGCAUAAUGUGUCGGCUGGGACUAUAUUAGUAACGCAGCGGACUCCUCGUUUCCACCCCGGGUUGAAUGUUGGAUUCGGCAAGAAUGGCACACUUUUUGCAAUGGAACACGGAAAAGUGUAUGUAACGUGCGAACAAGUUGACCUCAACUGGGAUCAUACGUGGGUGCAGCGAUGCUACGCAGGCCGUGAAGGACAAACCAUUUACAAGAAGUUUUUCAACGUAGUCCCAGAACCACAGCACCAACGGUUUAAGCUAAUCGAUGAAAUUUAAGAAAUAGUCUACUGUUGAUUUAGAAUUCAAUAGAUGAUAUAGAGAAUAAUUGCGUUUCUUUCAAUU